AUGAAGGCGCACGCGUUUAUUUCCGUCUCCCUUCUCGCGAUGCUCCGCGCUGCCGAGGCGUGCAAGUGCUUCCAGGGCACCAAGGUCAUGGAGGUCCAAACAGACUACUGCUGCCUCGAGAAAGGCGGAUACCCCACCAAGGACCAUGACUGCCCCGCGUCCCAGAUAUCCGACAAACUGUCGGCCUUUGCGACCUGCUGCAAAGAGGAACACUACACGUCAGACUGCAAGUGCCCCAGGGGCUGCUGA